AUGGGCUCGAUCAGAUGGAUUAAAACUGACCUGAUCUCUUACGGAAUCCUCCCUCCGUACCUGUGGGACACAUUUGAAACGAAUGCAAGCGCAGCUUCAACAACAUCUUCAUUUACGGUCUAUUUGACGGCAGUCAACUCUGAAAACCAAUUUCUAUCCUGGAUGCCAAUACAUUCGGAAGACUUCCAGUACAAUGCUACUACUGGAGAACGACAUUUCUCGCUACACUACGAUUGCGUUCCGCGGGCUGAUCUUGUAUUUAUCCGGUUUGAUAAUCAACCAGAAGACGCGUGGGCCAUUGAUGAAAUUUUUGUGGACACAAAUUACAGUCUGGGACCACUAGAGCUUGAGCAAAAAUGGCAUUUUGAACAUCCUAUCUUGAUACCUUGCGCUUCAUGGUUGGACAGGCCAUCGAUGUAUCAAAUUGGUCCCAGGAAUGGGCUGUUCAUCAGAUAUGAUUAUCACCACAAU